AUGUCGUCACAUCUCAGCAACGAAGAGUUCUUCACCAAACUCGGCUCUCUUCUCGAGACGCGCCAACAGAAAGGUCACGGCAGCAUCUUCCUGACACAAAAGCGACUGUCCGCCCAAGGGUCAUCUACCUCCAAGCCUGCCGACUCUCCCCUUGCCGACCUCGAAGCUCCAUCAGCACCCCUACCCAUCCUCAUUCGCGCGACAGACGGCAACUCGCAAACGAAGGAUCGCAAGAAGUCGGAAAAGAUCAAGCUCAGCACUGUUGUACAACCUGAUGAGCUGGAAGCAUUCUACACACGUUACGCCGAUGUCUGCAAGCAAGGCAUGCAGGCAUUGAAGAAGAGGGACCGUAGCAAGAGAAAGAAGCAGAAGCAGGGCAAGAAGAAGGCUCAGGACGAUAAGAAAUGA